AUGUAGGAAAGUUAGUAGUAGUAAUUGUGUAGUUGGGAUUUGGCGAAGUCGGUUUAGGGUGGAAAAGGAUAAGAAUGACGGUGUGCGCAGUGCGCCUUUCCCUCACACACACUCCCUCCUAAUUGCAAUUUAAUAAAUCCACCUCACUCCUUCAUCCAUUGAAUGAUUCUAUCUUCCAAUGGAUCCUCCUCUCAUCACUGACUCCACAUUCUCCCCCGCUUACUCUCUCGCCGAGAUUUGGCCCGGAAUGCCCCAUUUCCCCCCUCCCUUCCCCCACCCCUCCUCCGCCGAUCACUCCACCCUCACCGACCUCACCGCCACCCCCCGCAAGAGAAAGGACUGCUCCUCCUCCUCCUCCUCCUCCGCCGCCGCCGCCGCCGCCGACGAGGACGACUGCUCCAAGGUCCUCUCCUCCACCACCACCGCCACUGCCAACCUCUCCAAUAAUGAUUCUGGUAGCAAUAAACAGAUGAAGUUAGGAGGGUCCAGUGUUGAAAACGAUGGUUUCAAAGCUGAGGCAGAAGCGAGUUCUGCGGGUGGUAACAAGUCAAGUGAGCAAAGCAAUAAACCUUGUGAGGCACCUAAGCAAGACUAUAUUCAUGUGAGAGCAAGAAGGGGCCAAGCAACCGAUAGCCACAGUCUGGCAGAGAGAGCAAGAAGAGAAAAGAUCAGUGAGAGGAUGAAAAUUCUUCAGGAUUUGGUGCCAGGGUGUAACAAGGUAAUUGGUAAAGCACUUGUUCUAGAUGAGAUAAUCAAUUACAUCCAGUCACUGCAGCGUCAGGUUGAGUUCCUUUCAAUGAAGCUUGAAGCAGUUAAUUCAAGAAUGAACAUGAACCCUACUAUUGAUGGGUUUCCUUCAAAAGAUGUUGGUACUCAGCCAUUUGACAUUGCUGGAAUGGUAUUUGGAUCACAAGCAGCAAGGGGGUAUGCUCAGGGAUCAUCACCUCCUGGAUGGCUGCAUAUGCAGAUAGGAGGUGGUUUCGAGAGAACAACAUAAUUCAGAGAAGCCUCAUUGGGAAUGACAGAUGAAUCGAUAGGAUUGAUUUUCUAUUAAAAAAACAAAAAAAUAGUGGGUUGAUUACAGUGUGCUUUUUUAACAACCUAGUCAACUGUUGUCGAAUGUUGUAGGUUUGCGUUUCCCAUUGUUAUAGUAUGAAAUUAUUUAUAGAAAGUGCAUCUUAAUCGCAUGUGCUUCAUUGUAUUAGCAAUUAGCAAGUAGAAAACAAUCUUAGUGUGGUUUUCGUUUUUAAUCCUGUUGUGAUAGGACUCCUGCAUCCUGAUUUGAUUUGUAUAACUAUAUAUAUUGCAGCUAUGCAAUUGUGUAUUCUGAGUGAUGACAGUUUGAAAAUUAUUGAGUUUGACAA